GCGAAAUAUCAUUCAAUUAGUGGCAGUCAUUAAGAAAAGUUUUAAAAAAUCAAAAUGAAAUUAGAGAAAAUUGGUAUUGUUGGCAGCGGUCUUAUAGGACGUGCCUGGUCUAUGUUAUUUGCCUCCGUAGGCUAUCAGGUCAUGUUAUAUGAUAUUUUGCCACACCAGCUAACAUCCGCUUUGGAAUAUAUUGAAAAAGAAUUGAAACGUUUGCAGGAAGAAAAUCUUCUAAGAGGUGAGUUAAAUGCUGGCGAACAAUUUAAGUGCAUUCAAACCACCACCGACAUUAAAGAGUUGGUUAAAAAUGCCAUAUUCAUACAAGAGUGCAUACCCGAACGUAUUGAAUGGAAGAAGUCAUUGUACCAACAAUUGGAUGAUAUAGUCGAAGCAAAAACAAUUAUUUCCAGUUCGACGAGUACUUUUAUGCCAUCGUUGUUUAGUCAAGAUUUAAAGCACAAAGAAAAUAUUUUAGUAUCACAUCCCUUAAACCCACCCUACUACAUACCUUUAGUGGAGAUUGUUCCUGCACCCUGGACGUCUAAAGCAGCCGUAGAAUUUACGAAAAAUUUAAUGCUGGAAAUUAAACAAAAACCCGUUACUUUAACACGUGAAGUCUUGGGUUUUGCCACCAAUCGCAUACAAUAUGCCAUCCUGAAUGAAGUGUGGCAUUUAAUCGAGAAUGAUAUACUAACUGCUGCCGAUGUGGAUACGGUCAUGACUGAGGGUUUGGGUUUACGUUACGCCUUCUUGGGUCCCCUAGAGACGGCCCAUUUAAAUGCCGAUGGUAUUGCCGACUAUGUGCAACGUUUUGGCCAGGAAAUCUUUAAGGUUAGCGAGACCUAUGAACCUAUCCCGAAAAUGAAAGAAGGUGCAACUUUGGACAAAUUGUCGCAACAAUGUGAAGAAAUGGUGCCGAAGGAAAGUUUGGCACAGAGAAGAGCUCAAAGGGAUGAAUUUUUGACAAAAAUAAAUGAAUUGAAGAAACAAUUUGAAAAUUAAUGCAUUAAACACAUUCAAGACAGCAGGCUACCAACUUCAAUCUGUCAAAAAUAAAAUGCACACGUUUAUAUGGAGACGAUUAUUUUAACGACAGCACAGCUACACGGCCACACGACUACUCAUGGCGAUGUAGCCGAAUUAGGCUAAUUUCUAUUUUUGUCAGCUACAAAACAGAAAUAGUGUUGCUAAUAUAAUAAACAAAUGUAAAUCAAAUUAGUGCUUAAAAAAAUAUAUUUUUUUACUUAAUUAAGAGAAGUUUCUGAUAACCAUAUUGAAAUAAAUUAAUAACAGGUACAUAAUUAAUUAUAACCAUA